UUGGAAAGAAAAGUGACUCGUUUUUGUCCUGGGUUGACACCAGCGCGGGAGCCUGGCGGCCUUCACAGGGGAGGCGCCUAAUCGAAGGUUUCUCGUCUCGACGUUCGACGUGGAGAGGUGCGCUCGUAUUUUGGACCGUCGAACAUUUCCUGGUCUCGGAGAUGAUGAGGUCACGCGUGUGUCAGCUUGUUCCAUCGAGUUCAGCCGGCUAUUGGUUCAACGACACGUCAUUCGUAUCCAGGGUUGCGUCAUGUUGGCCAUUCUCCAUCGUGAUUGGUCGAGCCGGCGGUCGGCCGGGUCUCGGCCGCCUGUGAUUGGUCGGCGCCAGACAUUGCCCUACAUGGCCAAAGAGAUUUCGCAAUCGGCUCGUGUCCAUGUUGGAAACCAAAACAGCGCGAGCGCGCGGCGACUUUGGGGGCAAUUCAAGCGGAAACUUUACUCCCGACCUUGUCAUUUGUCACCGCUUCUUCACGCUAGUGUCGCCCCGAACAAGGUGCCCGUCUUCACCCGCCGGUCAGCGGUCACACAAAUGAGCCGGCCGUCGCAGCCUAAAGUCACGUCAUCGGACCCCAACGGCGUGAGCGUCAUCCAGAGUCAGAGCCGCGCCUCGGCCGCCCCCGCCCUGCCGCAGCAGGUCCCUCAGCUGGUGCCCGCCCAGCCGUCGUCCCCGGGCGGCAAGGCCGCCGCCCCCGGCAAGAUGAAGAAGGCGCCGGCGGACAAGGACAGCGACGAGUACCGUCAGCGGCGCGAGCGAAACAACCUGGCGGUGAAGAAGAGUCGCCAGCGCAGCAAGCAGAAGGCCAUGGACACGCAGCAGAGGGUCAACCAGCUCAAGGAGGAGAACGAGCGUCUGGAGGCCAAAAUCAAGCUGCUCAGCAAAGAGCUGAGCGUGCUCAAAGACCUCUUCCUGGAGCACGCCCACAACCUGGCCGACAACGUGCAGCCUCCCUCCGGGAACCCCGACGCCAGCCCCGCCCCCAACAACCAGUGAGCCGGCCGCUCGCCUCGCCGCCGCCUUCGUCCGCCGGCAACCAGACUCUCAAGUCUUGGCUCCGCCCCCCUCGCUUCUCCAUCCUCUCGAUUCUGGUUCUCGAC